CUUCAAAGUUCGACCAAAGAUGAGCUCAGCCGACGCCGCCGAAGGGGCAAGUGCGCCGCCACGCCUCGCCAAAGCGGAAAGCACUGUUGAUGCACCUCGCUCCACCCUUCAACCGAACUGGAGCUCGGCCAUGCGUCGAACGUCCCUACAUCGAUCGGAGUCCGAUGUGUAUCUCCAAACAAACCACGAAAUGCUGGCGCAACCGACAUAUGCGAUGGACCACAAGACCGAAAAGCAGUUUGCAUCGGAGAUGCGUCACGCCCUGGGGAUCGUCGACAAGUUCUUUGGGUCUUCCGUCCUCCAAGAUCACUCCAUCCCCCGCGAACUGCUCCUGGAAGCGCAAGGGUUGGUGUUUCUCACGGUGUACAAGCUCGGGUUCCUCGUGUCGGGGAAAGGCGGCAAAGGGUUUGUGAUCGCCCGCACAGCGAACGGCUGGUCUGCGCCUGCGUUUGUCGGAAGCGGCGGUAUCGGCUUCGGCAUGAUGGUGGGCGGCGAAGUGGUGCAUUACAUUGUCAUUUUGAGCUCGCGGAACGCCGUCAAGACGUUUACCCGCAACGGCCAGGUCCAAGUCGGCUCGGAAUUGGAUCUCGCGAUCGGUCCGCUAGGUCGCGCCGCCGCCGCCAGUCUGAACGUCGGACGCGGCGGGAUUGCGCCCAACUACUCGUACUCGCACUCGAUGGGGUUGUACGGCGGCAUUGGCCUUUCCGGCGCCGUGAUUGUGUCCCGGAAGACCUUCAACGACAAAUGCUACGGCUCCCACGUCCGAGUCAAGUCAAUCCUGGCCGGGGAAGUCGCGUGUCCACUGGCUGUGCCGCUCUGGGAAGCGCUGGACGCGGUGUUGAACAUCAAGCGCGAGUAUGUGAAUGGGUUGCCGGCCCCAAACCAACGCGAAGCUAUCUGCCAUGAAUGCGGCCACCCCAAUAAGACCGGCGCGCGGAUCUGCGAGCGCCCAGAGUGCCAAACGCUCCUCGUGUUCUCGGCAGGAGUUCAUUCGGGCAAACGAAGCGUUGGCAAGCUCGUGCUGUCGCGAGGAAUGCAUUGAUAUCGGAGAGGGUGUUACUAGUUCAAGAUGGGGUCGUAUAAUAUGCUACAGGUCCUCUUGAAUGUUCAUAAUAAUAAUAAUACAUAUUAUAUGCA